AUGGACGGAGGCGCAACACAUACCCUUACCGGCCUUAAAAGAUGGUCAUGUCAAGACCCCACCGUGCUCCCGCACAUGGACAAGAUCAGGGCCAUCCACGUCUACGACUUUGACAACACGCUGUUCUGCAGUCCCCUGCCCAACAAGCAGGUCUGGGCCGGUCCGAGUAUAGGAACUCUACAAGCACUUGAGCAGAUCUCGACAGGCGGCUGGUGGCACGACGCGAACAUUCUAGCCUCGACAGGCAAGGGUCUCGAAGAGGAGGAGAAGACGGCCUGGUCGGGCUGGUGGAACGAGGGUAUUGUCGAUCUUGUGCGACUAUCCAUGGAGCAAAAGGACGCCCUCACGGUCCUCUUGACCGGCCGCAACGAGAGAGGCUUUGCCGACCUUGUCACUCGCAUGUUCAGAGCGAAGAAACUCGAGUUUGACAUGGUCUGUCUGAAGCCCGCCGUUGGUCCUUCCGGCCAGCGCUUCUCGUCGACCAUGCUCUUCAAGCAAGACCUGCUGCGCGACCUGGUCUGCACCUACUCGGACGCUGAGGAGAUUCGCAUCUACGAGGAUCGCCCGAAACAUACCAAAGCGUUCCGCGACUUCUUUGAUACCUUCAACCGCUCCGUCUCCUCCCGCUCUCCCAUCCAGGCCGAUGUCGUACAAGUCUCAGAAGAGUCAACUACCCUCGACCCCCUUGUAGAAGUCAGAGAGGUUCAGCGCAUGAUCAACUCACACAAUCAAGCUGUACUGGACGGUGAUGUGCCGGGCCUAAAUCCUCUGGCCAUUAAGCGCAACGUCUUCUACACUGGCUAUCUCAUCUCCCCACAAGACACAGAACGCUUUGCUGCUCUGACCAAGAACACAUCAGAUCGCGACUGGCGUACCCUGGCGAAUAACAUCCUCAUCACUCCUCGCCCCGCUCCCCAGAGUAUCCUCAAUAAGGUUGGCGGUCUCGGUCACCGCAUGACCUGGAGGGUGACCGGCCUUUCACACUUUGAGAACAAGCUAUGGGCUGCCCGAGUCGAGCCCGCCGACCCUCGAGCCCGCUUCUACUCAGAAAACCCAACUCCCACCGUCGUCAUCUCUCUUCGCAAUAACGCCCGCCCGAUUGACGCAAAGUACAUCUCACACUGGCAACCCACCACCCCCGAACAAUCCUUCGAAUUCGACACUGUCGUCGGCGAAAAAGUCCUCUUGCGGAUCGAAAGCGAAAACGCCGACCAAGACGAACCUUCAUACGCCAGCAAACCUCGCCCCCAACACCGCUACCGCGACAAAGACUUCCCAGCCCUGGGCUCUGUUCUCGACCCUCAAAAAUCACAACACGAACAACAAGCCCACCACCCCUCACAACUCAACCCCGAAGCCAUGCAAUUCGGCCCCAGCGUCCCCACUGGACCCGGCCAACACAACAACCGCGGCAACUACACGGGCCACAACAGUCGAGGCGGCGGUGUCUCCAAGCCAGGAAACAACAGAGGCGGACGCGGCGGCAGAGGAGGCAGAGGAAAAUUCGGCGGGAGAGGUGGUAGAGGCGGAAGAGGAAGAGGCGGCAGUUAUCGAUCGCUGGAUGAUCGCCAGGAGAGCUAUGGUGGCGCCGGAAUGCAGUAUUAG